AUGAGCCCACCGAACUUACCCAUGGGAAAACCAUAUUCGUUUCUUAUGAACAAAGAACGUCCAGUGUCGGGUCAAAAUUCUCUCAAAGUCAAAAAAGAAUCCCACAAGAUCACCAAGAACGCGCCAUUGCCAAUACCUCAGAAAUUGAUCAAGCAGAUAGUGGAGCCUCGAAUUAUCUAUACCGUGCCUCAAAGAGUCAUCCACGUCAGUCCCAAGGACUUCAAAGACGUCGUCCAAAGCCUCACCGGAAUGGAACAACCUACCGGAGUCAGUAAAGUUUCGCCCGCAGCGAGGCUUGCUUGGACGGGAGAAACGAGUCCGGAGAAGAAAGAAAAGUCUUCUUGUAGUAAUGGAGAUGAUGACAUGACGAGGAUGUUGGAUACUGGCGUGCAAAUGGGCCAGCUUCCCGGAAUCUUAUUGCCAGUGCCGGAGAUAUUGCCGCCGAAAUCAUAUGAGAAUUUUUUGCCACCGGUAUUGCCGCAAAUGCAGUAUAACAACUUUUUGCCACCUGUAUUACCUCAAAACCAGUAUAAUAACUUUUUGCUCCCAACAUUAACGCAAAACCAGUAUAACAACUUUUUGCCCCCAACAUUACCGCAAAACCAGUAUAACAACUUUUCGCCGUUAACAACAUCUGAGAUAUUUUCUCAGACGAAUUUGCCACCUAUAGCUUCAGAUACUUUCUUGAGAGAUACUUGGCAGAAGGAACCAUCAGAUAUUUUCUCGCCAGUGACUUUGCCACAAUCAGAUAUUUUUUCGCCGAGGACUUUGCCACCUACACAGCCAGAUAAUUUCUUGCCAGACAAUUGGCAGCCGUGGGAUAUUUUAUCGCCGCCGGUGACAUUGCCACCGACAAUGUCGGAUAAUUUAUUGCCAGACAAUUGGCAGCCGUCGGAUAUUUUAUUCGCAGACACUUGGCAACCGUCGGAUAGUUUCUCGCCGGUGGCAUUACCGCCGACACAGUCAGAUAUUUGCUCAACAGACACUUGGCAACCGUCGGAUAUUUUAUCACCAGACACCUUGCAACCCUCGGAUGUUUUAUCAGCAGACACAUGGGAACCGUCGGAUAUUCUGUCGCCACCAUCGACACAAUCAGAUACUUUCUCGACAGACCCUUGGCAGCGGAUACAGCCGGAUAUUUACUCGCCGGCAGCAUUGCCACAGACAACAUCAGACACUUGGCUAUCAUCGAAUACAUUCUCACCGGAGACAUUACAACCGAAACCAUAUGAGGUAUUUUCACCGGUGUUGUCUUACGCUGACGUUCGGCAUGAGAACAACAUCUUAGCAAAACCGCCGGAAUUUGUUCCAGCUGACAUUGUUCCGCGGCAGAGGCCAAACCAGUUCAAUUAUUUCCAUUACGGCUAA